AUGACAAUCUCGUCUCGCACAGCUUGUUGUGGCUAACUAGACUACAUUUGAUGCUACAUUUGUAAAAUGUAUGAACCCUGAUUUUUGAUAAACGUCUUAUAGACAUUCUUUCCUGAAUGUGUAAACUGCAUAAAAAAUGUUUUGACUGAAUGUUAGGAGGUCUGUUUGUAUUGUGCUAGUUCAGCUAACAAAGCAUGUAUCUGUUGUACACUAUAUUAUCAGCACUCUUGUGCUUUUUGAUAUUGAAAUGGAUGAAACGGAGGAGGUACUGCAUGGAUGUCAAGAGAUUAGAUGGGAAAACUGUUCUUAUAACUGGGGGGAAUUGUGGUAUCGGGAAGGAGACAGCUGUAGCAAUGGCUUUGCGGGGUGCUCGUGUCAUCAUUGCCUGCAGGGAUGAGGAGAAAGCGAGGAAGGCUGUUCGAGAGAUUAGAGCCAGGAGCCACAAUAUGAAUGUGCUUUUCAUAGAGGUGGACCUGGCUAACAUGAAGUCUAUACGAGAGUUCAGCAAAACCUUUUUACAGCAGGAGAAGCGGCUUGAUAUUCUGAUCAAUAAUGCAGGCAUGCCCAGCGUUUUGGACUGGACCGAUGACAACUUCUCCAUGUGUUUUGGCGUGAACCACCUUGGCCACUUCUUACUUACAAACCUCCUCCUCCCGCGGCUGAAAGAGAGCUCACCCAGCAGGGUCAUCACGCUCACCUGCUCCAGCUACAAGUACCAGAAAUUGGACUUCAAGGAUCUCAACUACAACCUGUUCCCAUUCUUCACCUACUGUCGCAGCAAACUGGCCAAUAUUUACUUCACACACGAGCUAGCUCGCAUGAUGGAGGGCAAAGGAGUGACUGCGUAUGCGGUUCAUCCUGGUUAUGUUCAGAGUAACUGGACCUGCCAUUUUUCAGUUCUGUUCCGGAUCGUGGUGCAGGUGGUGAUGUUCAUGUUUUUCACCUCGUGUGAGGCUGGGGCACAGACAGUCGUGUAUUGCGCCGUGUCAGAUGAGGUUCUUCCGCACAGUGGAGGAUACUUCACUGACUGUCAGCCGGCUCCUCUAAGAGCCUUCGCUAGGGACGCUGGAGUAGCAAAAAAACUUUGGGAGGCCAGUGAGAGACUAGUUAAACUGGCCUGAAGCCACUAAUAUUAU